AGUGACUGUUGAAAGGUUUUUUGCAUAUUUUCAAGAUGAACGAGGAAAAAGAAACGAUGGUAGAAGUUGAUGACGACUUAUCUUUUGUUAAUCAAUGGGUGGAUAAAUUAUCCCAUGGGAAAUCUUUUACCUUAUUCGUCGAGUCAUUUCGACCCGAAAUGAACUGUGAGGAUCGAGUAAGACGAGAGAAUGCGUUAAAACGAAUUUGUUUGGUGGUAAGCAAACUUCCACGGGGCUAUCCAUGGGAGUUAUCACAAGUGGAAUUACUUAUGAAUUUCUUCUUGAAGAACUAUGAUAAUUUUGAUACUCCAAACUACUUUAUAUUGACUGCUCUGAAAAGACUGUUAAUGAAUGAUUUGCAUGUGGGGAGUAAUUAUAUUCAGCUUUUUGUCGAUAUUCUGUUUCGUCGAGGCCAAGUGCAAAUUUGUGCUCAAAAGGAGCGCUUCCUGUUUUAUCAGAUUUUAGAUAUAUUAUUGAGCAAGUACUCUAAAGAACUUUCAACAAACACGCACUUUGUUUCCUACUUUAUAUCGUCCAUAUCCGGAGAACGAGAUCCUCGAUGUCUCAUUCUUGUUUUCGUCUCUUUUGUACUCUCUGCGAAUAUUUCAGCACUGGUGAGAAAUUUUCCAAGAAAUUUGUUUGAUGUUCAUGCAAGUGAUUUGUUUGACGUUGUUGCUUGUUAUUAUCCUAUUGAAUUUAACCACAACUCAAAGGAAAGAACAGAAAUUACCAAAGAACUAUUGGUUAGUGGUUGUGAAAGUUGUCUGCUUAUCGAUGAAGAGUUUGCACCAUUCGUCUUCGAGUUGAUUGUUGAAAAACUUACAGACGUUGAAUAUUCGAUGGAUACAAAAUUGGAAGUUUGCUCAUUUCUGGCCAAGGCAUGUACAGUCUUUUCGUGCUAUCAAUUGCUUAAUCACAUUGAUCAGUUGUGCGCAGGCAUAAGAUCGGUUUUAUUCAAUUUGCCGAAAAGUACACAUGAUGAUUACAUACCAGAACCAAUCAGUGCUGCUAUUUCUUCAAUGUUGAAAGCUCUCGACGAAAGCAAUAUUAAGGUACCAAUUUUACGACUAUGUUUCUCGGAAGAUUAG